AUGAACACGCUCAGGACAUCGCUCUCGGCGAUGACCAGUACCGCCGUCAAGGGCAAGGGCAAGCAGGUCGCGGCACCUAUCGUAACCUUGAUCGCCAGCAGAAGCCUCACAGGGUCUGCAUCGACCAGCUCCUCAACAGCAACAGCAUCGGCAGGUCCUUCCACCUCGACCCUUCCGCCAUCGACGGCCGCAGUCGACUCGAACCAGACAGCACUCUCUCUGCUCAAGUCGCAGCCAAAACACUACGCGAUCGCCUCGAUCACUGGUCGAACUUACCUCGUAGCCAAAGGAGAUCUUGUGACGGUCCCCCGGCUCAAGGAUGUCCAAGUAGGAGACGUGCUCGUCCUCGACAAGGUGCACGAGAUCGGUUCUCGCGACUACACGCUUCGAGCGCAAGACACGCUCAACACCCGUCGCAUCUCGUCCGCCAUUGACCUUGCCUCUCCCCACCCGCUCGCUUCCUCCACAUCACCGCCAACGACGCUUCACGGUGUGUCUCCAGCCGUAGCCCCCCAAGCGAGACGCCUGUUCACACGGCUUGCAGCAGAUGAGAGCUCUGCAAGGGGCCCUUUGCUGCCGCUCGCGGAUACGUGGUCCUCGAGACUGGUUCCAAACGGUCUCGCUCACAUCGGCGCAAGUCUUCCCGAUUCGACGGUAAAAGUCACCGCUGUCGUCACGGAAAACACAAAGGGCGCACUAGAGAAGAUCCUCAAGAAGAAGCGCAGAAAGGGCUACAGGAAGACCAUCCAGCACAAACAGCCCUACACCCGCCUUCGCAUCGAGGAGAUCCAGAUUCAGCCCAACUGA